AUGGCGCUCCUUACACAUCCCUCGCCGGUUAAUUACGAAGAGCAGCAGGCUGCUUUCGAAGACUUCCUCAAAUCCUACAAGUCCACCACUACAGAAGCCACCGAUCGGUUAGGAGACCUCAACAUCGACGAGGAUGGCCUCAGCGACGAGUACGAUUUCAUGGACGACUCUGACGGCGGCGAUGCUGGAGCAAGGAGUCGGCGAUCGGACCGACAUCCCAAAGUCAAAUACUUGAAAUCAUUGCAAGAUGUAGCGGAUCGAGCAACUUCGCAAGUCCUGAUAGAACUGGACGACCUGGAUUCGUAUGAGAAGAGUCUUCCGGAAAAUUUGUCUGAUCUCAGACUCGUUUCCUCGAUUGAACGGAAUGCGGCGCAUUACGUUGAGAUAUUCUCUAGAGCAGUGGACAAGGUUAUGCCGGAGCCCACGAAAGAGCCAACAUUCAAGGAUGACGUUCUAGAUAUUAUCAUGACCCAGCGCUCGAAAAGAAAUGACAAGAUACGAGAAGCCCAAGACGAAGAUACCAUGCCAGACGACACGGACUCGAUUUUCCCGGCCGCCCUGACCCGCCGAUACACCCUCAACUUCAAGCCCAUCACGCCCUCCGGAUCAGAGAGCGAGAGGAACACCAAAGCGCUCGCCGUGCGGCAAGUUCGAGGCGAACACCUCGGCCAUCUCAUCACCGUGCGAGGGAUAACAACACGCGUAUCCGACGUCAAGCCUUCCGUGCAGGUGAAUGCCUACUCCUGCGACAGAUGCGGCUGCGAGAUCUUCCAGCCCGUCACGACCAAGCAGUUUACGCCAAUGGUGGAAUGUCCGUCACCCGACUGCGUACGGAACAAUGCAAAGGGCCAGCUCUUCCUUUCUACACGCGCCUCGAAGUUCCUGCCGUUUCAGGAGGUCAAGAUUCAGGAGAUGGCCGACCAAGUACCCGUGGGCCACAUCCCGCGGCAGCUGACGGUCCACUGCCAUGGUGCGCUGGUGCGACAAAUCAACCCAGGCGAUGUUGUUGAUCUUGGUGGAAUCUUCCUACCUACUCCGUAUACCGGCUUCAAGGCCAUUCGUGCCGGCCUGCUCACGGAUACGUACCUCGAGGUUCAGUACGUGAACCAGCACAAGAAAGCCUACGACGAGAUUGUUUUGGCACAACCCACACUACGACGAAUGAACGAGCUCGAGCGGUCCGGCCAGCUGUACGAGUACCUUUCACGCUCCAUAGCCCCCGAGAUCUUCGGACACCUCGACGUCAAAAAGGCCCUACUGCUCCAACUCAUCGGCGGCGUCACCAAAGAGAUGGGCGACGGGAUGCGCAUCCGCGGCGACAUCAACGUCUGCCUAAUGGGCGACCCGGGUGUCGCCAAAUCCCAGCUGCUCAAAUACAUCACCAAAGUCGCGCCGCGCGGCGUCUACACUACCGGGCGGGGCUCUUCCGGCGUCGGCCUCACCGCAGCUGUGAUGCGAGACCCCGUAACCGACGAGAUGGUGCUCGAAGGCGGGGCGCUGGUCCUCGCCGACAACGGCAUGUGCUGCAUCGACGAGUUCGACAAGAUGGACGACGGGGACCGGACCGCGAUCCACGAAGUGAUGGAGCAGCAGACCAUCUCGAUCUCCAAGGCGGGCAUCACGACCACCCUGAACGCACGCACCUCGAUCCUCGCGGCCGCCAACCCUCUCUACGGGCGGUACAACCCGCGCGUCUCGCCCGUCGAGAACAUCAACCUCCCCGCAGCCCUGCUGUCGCGCUUCGACGUCCUCUUCCUAAUCCUCGACACGCCCUCCCGCGACGCGGACGAGGAGCUCGCCCGCCACGUCACGCAUGUCCACAUCCACAACCGCCACCCCGAGCCCCAGGACGGCGGGAUCCUGUUCUCGCCCCACGAAGUGCGGCAGUGGGUCGCGCGUGCACGCUCGUAUCGGCCCACCGUCCCGAAAGAAGUCUCAGACUACAUGGUCGGCGCCUACGUGCGGAUGCGGCAGCAGCAGAAGCGCGACGAGGGGACCAAGAAGGCCUUCACGCACACCUCGCCGCGAACGCUGCUGGGCGUGUUACGCUUGUCGCAGGCGCUAGCGCGGCUGCGGUUCGCGGAGCAGGUCAUCAGCGAGGAUGUGGACGAGGCGCUGCGCCUGGUCGAGGUGAGUAAGGCGAGUCUGUAUGCGGAUGAGCGCGGACGGGGGGAUCAGACGCCCAGCAGCAAGAUCUACAAUCUUGUGAGGGGCAUGGCGGCGAGUGGGGCCGCGGCUGUGGGGGAUGGGGGCAGAGGAGAGUUGGAUUUGAGGAGGGUGAGGGAGAGGGUGCUUGCGAAGGGGUUUACGGCUGAUCAGUUUGAGGAGGCGGUUGAUGAGUAUGCUAUGCUUGAUGUUUGGCAAACUGCUGCGGAAGGUACGAGGCUGGUGUUCAUUGAGGCUGGGGAUGAGGAUCAAGACAUGGGCGAUGACGACCUGUUCUAG